CUCGAAAUGAAGGGAUCGCCGCAGUAGCCAUCGCAAUGGCCAAAGCGGCGCUAGAGGACUUGUAUGGCUUUGUGUAUUCAGAUGGGCUGCGACAAGGUGUGCACAUCACGGAGCAGCUUCGUGUCGACAGACUCUCCGGGAGAUUUACAUGGUCACGGGCGCGGCAGAACGAGGCAGCGAAGCUUCAGGGCAGCUCCUAUUUGAUAUCUCAAGUGUCUAGCGUCCGUUUCACCACGCGGCUGGGAGACCCCAAUUGCGAAUUCUUGAGCGCUGCUCAGAAGCAAAUCCACAAGCAACGGCAGCUUCGGAGCUGGCUGAAAAGUCACGCGCCAGUGAUCCUGGGUUUGAUCGUCAUGAUCUUCAAUGUCGUAACGCUGACAUUGAUCCUGGCGGCGUGUUUAGCGCAUACGAUGUGGUUGGUCUUCCCUCGGGCCGGCGAGCACUUUGACAUGUCUCAAGGCCCAGACACAGAAGCAUUGGGAGCUGCGUCCACCUUGUCUGUGCUCACAGCUUUGUGCGCAAUAGUCACAGGCUGGUGGCUGGGCAUUUUCCGAUGUCGUUGCUGUGGCUUCAACGCCUUCCAUAUGGAUUCACUGGGGGUGGCCGAACGGCUGAGCGACAAAAUUGCCGCGAGAUGUAGAAUCCAGAGGCCUAUCACAGGGGCUGUGCUAGUUGUUUGCAUAAUGUGGUGUUUUUUCCUGGUCAUUUUAUGUCCAGUAGCAUAUGGCCUCAGCCGGAAGACGCUCUGCGAUUCCGGUAGCUGCACAGCCGACCCUGGCUCUCCCUUGUUGCCGACCUGUGGUGUGGGAAACUGCUCCUGUGGUGGUUUGGCCGAUUUGGCUUGCGUCUCUGCAACUACUGGGCAAGACUUGAACAUUUGCCAGAAUGUCAAGCAGCCCAUGUGCACCGUGGAAGGCAGUGGUCAAACUGCCAGCGGUGUUCAGUUGCCUUUGCUCGCAGCGGCAGUGGGUUCCACAGCCUUGGCCAUUCUGCUGGGGUUGGUGUGGUUGCUGAAUGCUUGGGCCAUGUAUGCCGGCUGGGUCCGCUCGGAUCGGGACUUGGUGCUGGUGCCUCAAAUCAUGUACCACAGGUUCGCAGUGAAUUUCCGCUCGAGGAAUGAAGGGAAGCUAGUCUUCACGCUGAGUGCAGAGGAUGACCCAUUGGCUAUCGCUGCAGCACUGAUGCCGCGAGGGCAGCGCACUAGUCUGGCGGUCAUGUACCAAGCACCUGAGACCAUGAUUGGGACCUACAUGCCCGGAGCACAAGGUGUCAUGACAUCAGGAUCUGAGUGGGCUGCAACAGGCUACAGCCCCACGACUGCAGGAGAUACUGGUUACACAGAGCCCAGGUGGUGCUAGACCUUGGUUUUCUGAGGCGCAUUAGCUCGAGAAAAAGGCUUGUGUAGAAGCAUUAUUGCCAAGUGGGGUAUGUGGG